AUGUCGUACCUCUCAGCCCAGCCAAGCACGAGCGCCGACGGACGCAAAGGAGGUCUUCGAGUGGGUGAUGCGUUCCGGCUUGCAGCCAAGAGCAUGAGCUCGUUGCGCUCCAGCGCGCGCAGCGUAUCUGGUGCGUCUGCGGUCAACGUCGAUGCUGUCUCGUCGGCAGCUACCUCGAUCCUGCCCUCUCCCGCCGACGAAGUGGACGAGACCCACAAGAUGGCCGCUUCGCCACCGGAGUCGAACUCCGAGUACAGAUGGCAUCUGCUGCGUCAUGAGAGCGGCCAUGUGUGGUGGCGCAACGUGGACAGCAUGGCGAACUUUAUCCUGCACUGGCAGAACCGCUUCCACCAACACGGCGACAUGUUUGGCACGUGUCUCGUGCGGCGCGGCACGGGGCCGUGCCAGUUGGGGGUGCGGGAGCUGAGGGAGGCGGUGAGGAGGUUGCGAUUUGAUCAUCCGACCAUCGCGCUGCGUCUUGCAAGGAGGACCGAGUUUGGGAUCGCCAAGCUGGAGCUGCCGGCGUUUAUCGAGAAGCACGUGGAUCUGCAGGUGGCGCUGGUGUACGAUGGCGUGCAGAGCGACGAGGAUGUCGAGCGAUGGCUUGAUCAGGUGGUCGUCGUCCACAACGAAGAGAGACAGGAGGAUGGCGCCGAGUAUGCGGCGUUCAUUGCCGAGGCAACCAAGGACGGUGUGCCUGGUCGCGACCGGCUGCGCAUCCACUUUUGGCCGUGCGACGAAAGCGCCGGCAUCGACGCACGGCUGUUGGUGGAACAGUGCCAUUCGGUGUCCGAAGGAAUCGGCACUCUGCUCGUCUUCAACCACCUGCUCGCCUCGAUCGCUGGAGUGCUUGCCGAUUCCAGCCCGCAGGCACUUGCGUGGGGCGAAGAAGUGGCGCGUCUAGAGCCGGCGCUCCAAGAUGCGAUUGAGCAUCCGCCGCCGUCGUGGGACGUUUCCCCCACGGAGCUCAAGCAGGUCGAACGCGUCAACCAAGAGCGCAUGAACGGCAAAGCCACUCCCCCAACGGCGGUCGACAAGAUUGCCGGCAAGUUCGUCGGCCUCACGCUGCGCAGUCACCAGAGCCGAAACUCGCUGCGCACCAAGGCGGUGGCGCCUCCGCUGGUGAAGGUGUGUCGAGCGGUGGCGGAGAAGGGCGACAUGUUGCCACUCGGACUGCUGCCGCAGACGGGCAAGCCGUUCGAGGGUCAGCGCACCCACACGGCGAUUCUCACCGAUACGCUGGAUGGAGACCAGACUCGGCAGCUGCUGGCAGUGCUCAAGGCGCGCGGAUUGACGCUGGCGCCCUUCCUCGAAGCGUGUGGACACAUGGCUACCACCUGGACGCGCAAACACCGCGGUCUCGUCGCCAAACCCAAGAGCAACAGGGGAUACGAUGAGCCGGAUCGUAUCUUGGGCAGCUUUUCCAACGCCAUCAGCAAGCGCGAUACACUCAAGCCAGAGUACCGCUCGUAUCUGGGGCUGUGCAUGAGCGGGUUCCCUACCAAAGUGGCGGUUGCGCACGCAACCUKGAYACCGCAAGCCGAACAAUGCACCACGCCAUCCGSCACCGAUCCGCGCGAUCCGCUGCCCMMCAUCACCCAAGCUGAUCUUGCGCAGCUCCUUUCGCUCACCCACGAGCUCGCGGGGCAGUAUGCCGAGGGAAGAAACAACGCCAACUGGCUGCGAUACGACAAGGUGCUCAUGCUAAGCACCAUGCAUACCGAAUACCUCCUCCUACGCAGCGAUGCACACUACCCUUCCAUGCCCUGGCUCAGCUCCGUAGGUCGUGUCGAUCCCUUCUUCCUCCCAAACCACCCCAUCACCGCUAGCGACUCGCUAGAGGUACAUAGUCUGCGCAUCAUCGGCCGCGUCGCCAUCCGCCAACCCAUCCUCCACGUCUUCUCCUUCCGCUCCCAAACCACCCUCCAACUGUCUUACGCCGAAUGGCUCUACCCCACCCCAUCCCCCGGUCAGCCCCAAAACAUCCUCGAAUUCUGGCUCCAAACCUUCCGCGCCACCAUCCUCGCCCUCCUCCACAACCCACCCCCGCUCGAGCCCAACCCGCUCACAUCCUGA